AUGAAUAACACCAAUGAAACUCCAUUCCAAGUUCAAAUGCUCACUAAAGUAAAUUAUGGAAGUUGGUGCAUCCGAAUGAAGGCUUUGCUUGGAGCCUAUGAUGUUUGGGAAAUUGUGAAGAGCAGCAUUGAUGAAGAAGAUGAUGCUGCUGCCACGAAUAAGAAAGACCAAAAGGCACUCACACUGAACCAUCAAAGUUUGGACAAGGUGAAAAAGGUUCGUCUCCAAACCUUAAGAGGAAAAUUUGAAUUGUUGCAAAUGAAGGAAUCCGAAUCAGUUCCAGAUUAUAUUUCAAGAGUCUUGGUGUUUGUCAAUCAAAUGAAGAGAUAUGAGUCCAAGGACUUGGACACCAUGACCAUAGAAAAACUCAUGGGUUCGUUGCAAGCACAUGCAGAAAAGUUGAAGAAACCGAAACAAGAGUCGGUUGAACAAGCUUUGCAAGCAAAGCUUUCUUCGAAGGAGAAAGAUGACAAUUAUGGCUCACAACAAAGGGGUCAUGGGCGUGGAAGAGGUUGUGGUAGAGGAGGAAGAGGUGGUAGUCAACCUCCGACCAAAGAAAAUAGAAGUCAAGACUCAAACCAAGGAAGAGGACACGGAAGAGGUAGAGGAUGGAGGUCAAAUCAAGGAAGGUAUGACAAAUCAAAUAUUGAAUGUUAUACUUGUCAUAAAUAUGGUCAUUUUCCCUGGGAAUGUAAAAAUAAUUUGGAGGAGAUAAAUAAGUUUGUGGAGAGCAAAAAUGAAGAUGAAGAUAACACUUUACUCAUUGCAUGUAAAGAAGAAGAAAGUGUAGAAAGAAAUAAAUGGUACCUUGAUUCUUUGCAAGCAGCCAUAUUUGCGGGACGAAGCAUUUAUUUGCGGAGUUUGAGGAAUUUAAUGGUGGCAAGAUCACUCUUCGAGACUCUUCAAAAGUUCAAAUCAAAGGAAAAGGUAGGAUUUAAUUCGUUUGAAAGAUGGAAGUCAUCAAUUUAUCUCUAA